AUGGCUUUAGCUGAGUCUGCGAAAGACGAUGCUCAUAUGAAACGGAUAGGUCUCGGAUGCCCUAACUACACCCUAUAUAAUGAAAAUAUUCCACGCUGUUGUGGCUUGAGGAGCGUACAAGAGCAUCGAGGAUGUAGUAAAGAAGACUACGAACACCCAGCUCACCUCUUCAACACUACUACCGCACUUCCUUCUUUGAGCUAUGCCUCGGAAAUGUGGGCACUUUCUAAGAAGGAAGAAAAUGCGGCCGGCGUCAUUGAAAGCUCAAUCAAAAGGACGAUGCUAAGAGUGUACCACCUCACAUAA